CCACCAAUAGUACGGCUUGCACAUCACUGAGACACACUCUUGCGUUUUUCUGUAUCUGAGAGCCAAGCGGAUUUGCAAUUGAUUGGAGAUUUCUUUUUCCGCAUUAUUAAUACUCUUUAAAUGCACACAACAGAAUCAAAUGGAUAGAUUUCUUCUAAAAGGUAAGCGUCCGAAUUCGACGCGGGCUUGGGAUACCAGCUUCACGGAUUCUGAUAAGAAUUCUACGGUCGAAAAGCCAACACCAAAGAAACAAAAAAGGAUCUCAGAGGUUUGGAAGUAUUUUAAGAGGUCCGACGACAGACUCUUCGCUAAGUGUCUGUGCUGCGGUAAACUUUAUAAAACGAGCGGAAACACAUCUAAUAUACGUGACCAUUUGAAAAGAUUCCACUCAAACGUAUCUGUACUUGAUUCCAGCGCAUCCGCUGCAGAAGCUUUAGUGGAUAACGAUAACAACAAGGACACCAAUGACACCAAUGACAACCAUGACGACAACGACGACAACGAUGACAACAAUGACGACAACGACGACAACGAUGACAAAGCUGACCACUACGACGACAACCACGACAAAAAUGAGAACAACGACGACAAGAUCGCGUCUACAAGCGGCAGCUGUAGAUCCAUGAGUUCUGUGGAAUCUUGUUUGGAAAGAGCUUUAUUAUAUGACACAAAAUCAAAGCGAAAGAGGGACAUUGAUAGAGCUUUAACCGAGAUGGUUGUCAAGGAUAUGCUGCCAUGUACCAUCGUUGAAAAUGAAGGCUUUAUAGAAUACACUCGUGUAUUGGAACCUAGAUACAAUCUUCCAAGUAGCAGACAUUUGAGAGAUGUGUUGAUGCUCCACUUGUUUAAAGAAACAUCGGCUAAACUGGCCGUGAUUUUGGAGAACGUUGCGGAUAUAGCGAUUACGUGCGACCUGUGGACUUCAAGCACUAACGUUAGCUUCUUAAGCGUCACUGGUCAUUUCGUUCUUGAUUAUAGCCUGAAAACAGUAUGUUUAGCAAGACAAAAAUUAAUAGAUUCAACAGAUCACUCUGCUCAAAAUAUUGCAAACACCUUGCAAGAUAUAUUGAAUUUUUGGAAUAUACUAGAUAAAACUGUAUGUGUAGUAACAAAAAAUUCCAGCUCAAUGCUAGAAGCAUGUGAAAUAUUAAAGAUACAAAAUCAUCCAUGCUUCGCUCACACCUUGAAUUCGGUGGUACAAGAUGGGCUAAAACUGGAAGACGAUGCAAUGAAAGCUUUAAUUGCAAAGUGUAAGACGAUAGUGAAGUUUUUUAAGCAAAGUUCUAUAACGAAUGAGAAAUUUAAAAAUGUUCAAGAAAACUUCGCCUCUAUUUUAUUAGAAGAAUCUCAUUCAAGAUGGAACAGCCUCCACUUUAUGAUAGAGCGCAUAUUAGCAUCUCAGGAAGCCAUUAAUGCAGUUUUAUUGCCAAUAAAAAGUGCACCGCUGCAAUUGACUGUUGACGAAAUCAUUAUAUUAAAAGACAUAGAUAUAAUAUUGUCACUUUUUCAGGAAGCAAGCGACAAAAUAUCUGGUGAAAAUUAUGUGUCAUUAGUAAUACCUUUAGCACAUGGUCUUUUCCGCAAAGUUCACAAUCUUUCAUCACAGUUACAAACUUCGGUAGGAGAAAGAAUGAAAAAUACUAUAUUGAAGUCCAUAACAAAGCGUUUGUCUACAUACGAGCAACGGACAGUAACCAGAGUGGCGACAAUAUUAGAUCCGCGCUUCAAGAAAGACGGGUUUCAGCUAAAUACGAAUGCUGAAAAAGCUGCAAUAUUUUUGCAACACGAGUUGAUGAAUCUGACCAAUAGAGAGCCCUCAAUUAACUUGGAUUUGGAAUCGAACACAAAAACUCAGGACUCACUUUUAGAUUUCUUGUAUCAACCGGUCAUUAGAAAACCGAAAAACGAGAAAUUUGAUGCAUCUUAUAUAAAGAGGCAGUAUCUGGAGACACCCUUAGCCCCCCUAAAAAUGGAUCCUUUUUUAUGGAUGAAGGCUUCCCAGACGGAAUUCCCACUUGUAAAAUCAUUGCUAUUUAAGUAUUUAUGCAUCCCCGCAACAUCUGUAGAAUCAGAGAGGCUUCUCAGAAAGGCGGAGCGAAUUGUUUCUGACGGAAGAACAAGGCCUAAAGAAGAAAACUUAAACAUUUUGUUGUUUUUGAACCAAAAUCUUUGGAUUAAGUCAAAAUACAAAACCCUAUAUUAAUAAAUUAACUAAUUUUUUGUAUGCAUAUAUGUAUAAAAAAAAUAAAUAAAACAAGCAAAAUACAGUGAAUAAAUAGUAUACGUUAACAAU